GCCCAGACGCACACCAUCCACGGUCCCUCGGGACUAGAGGGACUCGUGAGCUGGAGCCCAGCAAUCCGGGGGUGGAUAAGACACCACGUCCCCUCCAAUCCCCGUAAGCACCCCUUGCUCCAUUCUGCGCCCCAUUGCCUUAGCCAGCCCCCUUGCCCACUCGGUACUCUGCAAACUCAGCCAGGACAGACUCUGCUGCCGCCGCCGCCCCCGCUCCCACCUGGGACUGAGAAGCCCAGAGCCACAGCCCCUUCCUGCUGGGAACUCUUCUUGGUGGCCACGGAAGCCUUCCAUCACUAGGGACACAGCUGCCAGAGGCGCUCCGACAGAUCCCCUUCACGUGCUGCCCAGGGUGAUGUGCUGACAAUGAGCGGGUGUUUUCCAGUUGCUGGCCUCCGAUGCCUGUCUAGGGACGGCGGGAUGGCUGCCCAGGGCGCCCCGCGCUUCCUCCUGACCUUCGACUUCGACGAGACUAUCGUGGACGAAAACAGCGACGACUCGAUAGUGCGCGCCGCGCCGGGCCAGCGGCUGCCCGAGAGCCUGCGAGCCACCUACCGCGAGGGCUUCUACAACGAGUAUAUGCAGCGCGUGUUCAAGUACCUGGGCGAGCAGGGCGUGCGGCCGCGGGACCUGCGCGCCGUCUACGAGGCCAUCCCCCUGACGCCGGGCAUGGGCGACCUGCUGCAGUUUGUGGCUAAGCAGGGCACCUGCUUCGAGGUCAUUCUCAUCUCGGAUGCCAACACCUUCGGCGUGGAGAGUGCGCUGCGCGCUGCUGGUCACCACGGCUUGUUCCGCCGAAUCCUCAGCAACCCGUCGGGGCCCGACGCACGGGGGCUGCUGGCGCUGCGGCCCUUCCACACGCACAGCUGCGCGCGCUGCCCCGCCAACAUGUGCAAACACAAGGUGCUCAGCGACUACCUGCGCGAGCGGGCCCACGACGGCGUGCACUUCGAGCGCCUCUUCUACGUGGGCGAUGGCGCCAACGACUUCUGCCCCAUGGGGCUGCUGGCGGGCGGCGACGUGGCCUUCCCGCGCCGCGGCUACCCCAUGCACCGCCUAAUCCAGGAGGCGCAGAAAGCCGAGCCCAGCUCCUUCCGCGCCAGCGUGGUGCCCUGGGAGACGGCCGCCGACGUGCGCCUCCACCUGCAGCAGGUGCUCAAGACGUGCUGAAGACGCUCGCCUGCAGGGGGCGCCCCGGGCCGGCGAGCGGCUGAGGGCGCGGGGCGGGGGCCGUCGGGGAAGACCCGCGAGUCUGUUCCCUUGCCCUUGCGCUUGGCGCUGCCCCUCCCGGCGUCUCCCAGGGAGGGGUGGCCCCCCAAGCCGUUCCCGUCUAUGCAGUGAGCCCCGCCCAGCUGCCUCCCCCGCCCCGUUCUCCCCACCCACCCCCUUCACCGCAGUUAAGCUCUGGAGUGCAGCGCAUGCGGGGUCCUGCGUCCACCCUGGAAGGCAGUGGGGACCCUUCCAAGACCCUGGGCGGCAGGGGACCCUGGAUGGUGACAGGGCACCUCCCCCACCGCUCUCACUGCUGCCUCGGCCUCCUAACGACCCCUCUCCAGUCUUCUAUCAAAGGGACCCAGGCACCCGAAGUCCGCAUGGCCACUCGGACUCCCCGCGGAGGAAGAUGACGCUUUCCGCUCCGCCGACAGCUCCAAGCCUUUUCCAUCUCGCCACGCCCCUACACAGUCCCUGUACUCGCUACUACACCUGGGCCCAUCCGGUCAGCACCCCAGCGUGGAAGAGAAAAGCCAGAGCGAACAGUCGCCCUCUGCCGGUGGAACGAGGUAGCAUCCAGCCCAACAACUCAGGUCCGGCGCGCCCGGGGACCCUCGCCCCGCAGCCUCGCCUAUGCCGCAAGAGACCGGAGAACGCACCAAAGCCGCCCUCCACGCCUUCCCCCUCCACCCACCUGUACGGAACAGAAAGCCAUGAUGUUUUUAAGCAGAACCAGGGAACCCCAUGUCCCCCUCCCUUCUGGUGUCAGAACUAUAAAGCAGGCG